AUGCGACACCUGCUGUCUCUCCAGGUUCACAUCGGAUAUAUUCCCAACAAAAAAGUGGUGGGACUGAGCAAGCUGGCAAGGAUUGUGGAGAUCUUCAGUCGGCGGCUUCAAGUUCAGGAGCGUCUAACCAAGCAGAUUGCCACGGGAAUAUCAGAGGCUCUGGAGCCAAAAGGUGUAGCUGUGGUUAUUGAAGCAGCGCACAUGUGUAUGGUCAUGCGUGGUGUCCAGAAGAUGAACAGCCGCACAGUGACGAGCGUCAUGUUGGGAGUUUACCUGGAGGACCCCAAAACCAGGGAGGAGUUCCUGUCUCUGUCACAGAACUAACGACUGUCAGUCCUUCCAGGGCCUCUGUAGCACAUGCAAAGCUCCAGAGUAACAGUAGAUCUGCAUCUGACUUUUAAGAACACAUACAAACCAAUAGCAGGAAACAUAAAGCUGCUGUUUGAUGCAGGAUCCAAGCAAACUCUGGAGCUCACUUCACUGACCUGAAAGAUUUCAGUCCAGCUGCAGAAAUCAUCACUGUGAACUUUAUAGGAAAUAUAAGACUAACAUUCUUGGUGCCUUUGGUAGAUAUUUUACAUUUAAUGUCUUAUAUUGCAAUUGUGUUAUUAAGUAUGAAACCUGAUGUUGGAACAUGUCAAUACUGAAGAUUUUCACUUUUUUUAAAUAGGAAUGUCAUUGGUGGUUUUGCAAAGUGGAUCUCUCACACCUUCCCUGACUAUCAUCGUACUUACAAUCCAUGGAUUUUAAUAAUUUAAUUAACUGUCAUUUAUAAAGUCUUUGUAAUGUAUGACGUUUCUGAGAUGCAAAUGAUUAUAUCUGUCUCAUGUAUUUGGAAGAUUCUUCGCUAAAAUAAAAGGAUUUCAAUGAAA